AUGUAUGAGCCUGGCCGUGGCCCUGAUAAUGGGAUGAUUGGAUUUUGCUGUGACGCCCUAGAGCGCAUUGCAGCUAACGACGCUGGAUUCGCCGCCAUCUAUGGCACGCGUUUCCAUCGGUUUCAGGUCCCGGCAACGCCUACCUCUGGCUAUCGUAGCCGUCGGCGUGGACCUAAUGUCCCUUCUAACCCUAUUCCUUUUCCUGGUUUUGGACCUGCUGCUAGUGCCGCUCCUAGUGGAACUGCUUCUGGUCAGCUUCCUCCCGAGUCUGUUACUAGAACCGGAGAUGACAGUGCGGAAGAUGGCGAGAAGUCCUCCGAAGCCUUUGAGCCUCUAUAG